AGAUAAGUGGAGCAGAGAGACGAUUUGGUGAAAGAAUGGGGAGCGAGCCGACUAAAGUGAUGGUGGCGGUGAACGCUUCGACGAUCAAAGACUAUCCUCACCCUUCGAUUAGCUGCAAAAGAGCAUUCGAAUGGACUCUGGAGAAGAUCGUCAGGUCCAACACUUCUGAUUUCAAGAUUCUCUUGCUUCACGUUCAAGUCGUCGACGAAGACGGUUUUGAUGACGUAGACAGCAUUUAUGCUUCCCCUGAUGAUUUCCGAGACAUGAGAGAAUCUAACAAGGCAAAAGGGCUUCACCUUCUCGAGUUUUUCGUUAAUAAAUGUCAUGAGAUUGGGGUCGGUUGUGAGGCCUGGAUUAAGAUAGGUGAUCCCAAGGAUGUCAUAUGCCAAGAAGUGAAACGAGUCCGACCUGAUUAUCUGGUCGUGGGAAGUCGUGGACUUGGCCGGUUUCAAAAGGUCUUUGUGGGGACUGUGAGCGCGUUCUGUGUGAAACAUGCCGAGUGUCCAGUUAUGACCAUCAAACGCAAUGCCGAUGAAACUCCCAGUGAUGCAGCUGAUGACUAAGCAACAACAACGAUGUCCCUUCCUUGUUU